GACACGCCCAGACCGCCGCCUGGUCACGCCCACAGUCUUAGCCCGCGAGCUAGCAUAGCGUCACCACCCAAGUGGGUCUUUACGGAACCAUCACAGUGCAUCUAUCAAACAUUGGCUCCAGACGAGUCUGCCCCACAACAAGAGGACAGAGAAGAAGGAAGGAGCUGUUGACUACAGCGUCGGACGACGAGGGCGGACUCGCGCAAAGCUCUUGGGAGGUUGCAUUCCCAGGAUCAGCAAGCAGUUGCCAUGGCGUACAGUGGAGCCACACAGGCUGCAGCCCCCUAUUGGCCCUCCAAGGUGGAGCUGACCAUCUCCUGUGACAACCUCAUGGACAUGGAUGUCUUCUCCAAGUCCGACCCUCUGUGCGCCUUGUAUAUCAACGCCUCUGGCUCACAGUGGCAUGAGUUAGGGCGCACAGAGAUGAUCCUGAACUGCUUGAAUCCAAAAUUCACCAAGAAGUUCUCCAUUGACUAUUAUUUUGAGACGGUGCAAAGGUUGAAGUUUUGCGUGUAUGACAUUGACAACAACACCUACGACUUGGCUGAUGAUGACUUUCUUGGGGAGCUUGAAUGCACUUUAGGCCAGAUUGUCUCCAACAAGCAGAUGACUCGGCCUUUAUUGUUGAAGGAUGGUCGGCUUGCAGGUCGUGGUACUAUAACAAUCUGUGCUGAGGAAAUAACAGACACCAGGGUGGCACAUUUUGAAGUGUCUGCACGCAGGUUGGACAAAAAGUUCUUGUGGUGGUCCGACCCCUUCCUGGAGUUCUACAAGCAGACAGAGAGUGGAUGGCAACUGGCUCACAGGACAGAGGUGGUAAAGAACAACCUCAACCCGACAUGGAGACCAUUCCGCAUCACGUUGCGAGCUCUCUGUGGGGGAAAUGUUGAGAAAACUAUAAAGGUUGAUUGUUACGACCAUCAUACCAACGGCUCCCACAAACUCAUUGGAAGCUUCAAAAGCACGCUCGCUGAGAUGCAAACCGGAACACACGUCUGCCCUGUGGAGUUUGAGUGUGUCAACCCAAAGAAGUUAAAGAAAGACUAUAAAAACUCCGGCCUCAUUUACAUCAAGCGCUGUCAAGUGGAGAAAGAGUACACUUUUCUGGAUUAUAUCAUGGGAGGGUGCCAACUUCUUUUCACUAUCGCUAUCGACUUCACUGGCUCGAAUGGAGAUCCCAGCUCCCCCAACUCCCUCCAUUAUAUCAACCCUGAGGGCUACAACGAAUACCUGUCAGCAAUCUGGGCAGUGGGUAAUGUCAUUCAGGACUAUGACAGUAACAAGAAGUUUCCUGUCUUUGGAUUUGGAGCCCAGAUCCCUCACUCUUGGCAGGUUUCCCAUGAGUUCGCCAUCAACUUUAAUCAAUCAAAUCCCUUCUGUGAUGGCAUCGAGGGUGUGGUGCGUGCCUAUCAGCAGUGUCUGCCUCAACUCAAACUCUGGGGUCCAACCAACUUCUCCCCAAUUAUCAACCAUGUCGCCUGCUUUGCCAGACAAGCUCUCUACCAGAAUAAAGCCGCUCAGUACUACGUGCUGCUCAUCAUCACCGACGGGGUGAUCACAGACAUGGACCUGACACGCACCGCCAUCGUGGAGGCCUCUCACCUGCCUAUGUCCAUCAUCAUUGUGGGAGUUGGUGGCGCAGACUUCAGCGCUAUGGAGUUCCUGGACAGCGACGACAAGCCCCUGCUGUCAGCCAAUGGGGAAGCAGCUGCACGAGACAUUGUCCAGUUUGUGCCUUUCAGGAAGUUCCACGGAAACAGCGUGGCGCUGACACACAGUGUCCUGGCAGAGCUUCCCGACCAAGUGUCACACUUCUUCAACUCAUACAAGUUGAAGCCUCCCAAUGUCCCUCAGGUAUCAUCCUGAGAGGGUGGAGGUGGGCGAUACCAAACAUUUUGGAAUCCAUCCACAAGCAAGUAAACACAGCACAAGGCCUGUGUUGCUGAUGCUGACGUGUACUUUCAAAAUAUUUAGCUCAUUAAAUUAUAUUUAUCGACACGAUACUGACUGAUACUACAAUGUUUGUAUCGAAUCACCUCCUACCUCCCCCACUGCUUUAUUUUUCCCGUGUGUCUGUUUUAAUACAUGAAAAUGCAUCCUCGGUGCUGUUGACUUAUAUUCUUGUUAAACUAACAUCAAGAAAAGUUAUUGUUUAUCACACCCAAAAGACCUCACUACUAAAAACACACACUGACAAUCUGUUUACUUGAAAUAAAAACAUUAUAGGUU